CUUAUCAGCUGACGCCUUACGUAGCGCUGGAUCCCCAAUUCAAUAAGGCAGGUCCGGGUGGGUGCGCCAAGGUGCCUCUCGGGAGCUGUAGCCCCAGACAGGGUGCGGAGAGAACGGGCCGGGGGGAAGGUGAUCACCCAGAAAGCAGGUGUCUGUUUGGCAUCCCCAUCACUGAGCUGCGGCCAGAGAGGGGCGGGCAGGGAGCUCGCCUGGACCCGCCACUGCUCUGACGCACCAGCCGGCUCCCGGUACCCACGGGCCGACCCGGAAGAUGCUUCGCUGCGAGCGACCAAACAGCGGUCUCUGGCGAGGUGAGGACCCCCCCGGGCGAGUGACAGCUCAGGCGAGUCCUCGCUGCGAGUCUUGAUCCCUUGACUCUCCGCCCUCCUAACUUCUAAGGACUCCGGACUGCGCGGCUGGUAGCCCAGAGCUCUCCUUUCCUCCUGGACGCUCGCUGGCUGGAGCCUGGGGCCACAUUCACAGGCUCCAGCUCGGUGGUGGCCGCCUUGAGUCCUGAGCACCAUUGUGCCCGCGCCCCGGGCGGGUGUCCUGGGCCAGCGAUGGAUUCACCUGCGAACUUGACCGCCCUUUCCCUCUCCACUCCGUCUUCUUUGGAGCCCAACCUUAGCCAGGGCGCAGAAGACCCGCGCCCCAGCCGGCCCCUGCCCUCGGUCUUCGGCGUGUUAGUCCUGACCCUGCUGGGCUUCUUGGUGGCCGCCACGUUCGCCUGGAACCUGCUGGUGCUGGCGACCAUCUUCAGGGUGCGCACCUUCCACCGCGUGCCGCACAACCUGGUGGCGUCUAUGGCCACCUCGGACGUGCUGGUGGCCGCGCUGGUCAUGCCACUGAGCCUGGUGCACGAGAUGUCUGGGCGCCGCUGGCAGCUGGGCCGCCGGCUGUGCCAGCUGUGGAUCGCGUGUGACGUGCUCUGCUGCACCGCCAGCAUCUGGAACGUGACGGCUAUCGCCCUGGACCGAUACUGGUCCAUCACCCGCCACCUGGAGUACACGCUCCGCGCCCGCAGGCGCGUCUCCAACGUGAUGAUCGCGCUCACCUGGGCGCUGUCGGCCGUCAUCUCGCUCGCCCCGCUGCUCUUCGGCUGGGGGGAGACGUACUCCGAGCGCCGCGAGGUGUGUCAGGUCAGCCGCGAACCCUCCUACGCCGUCUUCUCCACCGUGGGCGCCUUCUACCUGCCGCUCUGCGUGGUGCUCUUCGUCUAUUGGAAGAUCUACAAGGCCUCCAAGUUCCGCCUGGGCUCCCGGAAGACCAACAGCGUCUCCCCCGUCCCCGAAGUUGUGGAGGUGAAGGACACGGUACCUCAGCCCCAGAUGGUGUUCACGGUCCGUCAUGCCACCGUCACUUUCCAGACCGAAGGGGACACGUGGCGGGAGCAGAAGGAGCAGAGAGCGGCCCUCAUGGUGGGCAUCCUCAUCGGGGUGUUCGUUCUCUGCUGGAUCCCCUUCUUCGUCACUGAGCUUGUCAGUCCCCUCUGCUCCUGGGACAUCCCUGCCGUGUGGGAGAGCAUUUUCCUCUGGCUCGGCUACUCCAACUCUUUCUUCAACCCCCUCAUCUACACGGCCUUCAACAAGAACUACAGCAGCGCCUUCAAGAACUUCUUUUCCAGGCAGCAUUGAGGAGAGGCCGGGCUGAGAUGGAGCUCCUCCCGCAGCUCAGAGGACCAUCCAGUCUCACGAGCUGGCACAGCCCGCCCAGCGGCCGUGCCGACAGAUCUAUCCUGCAAGGGCUCCUCGCUCAUCCCAGGGCUCAGCUCACCACGCUUCUGUGAUUGGGGGCGAGACAACGUCUUCACCAGACGCCCUGGGGCUCAGGUGCCAAGUUGUCUUCUCCCCCUCACGGCACCAGCAGCCACAGGCUUGGUCUAAGUGUCCGUUCCUUCCUCAACUCCACUACAGCGUGGCCAUCGCCUUGUCCCAGAGAAGCCCAACAAGGCAGGCGAGAGGUGUAUGGACAGGGUGAAACUAUGCAGGCAGGUGGAGAGAGGGCGAGAGAACUAUAAGACUUAGUGUCGGGCAUGGCACCUGCUGCCCACCUGGAAUCCAAGCUCUGGGGACGCGGAGGCAGGAGGAUGGCGAGUUUGAAGCCAGCCAGAGCCACAUAGCAGGUUCAAGGCCAAUCUGAGUUACAUAAUGAGACACCCCCAAAACAUCUAGGGUAGCCUUCAUUUUCAUAGUGUACCCUGUCUUAUAACAUAGGGCCAAGCGGGGUGUCUAGCCUAUUGACAUGUGACAUGAUGUUGCCAUCUACACAUGUGGGAUGUAAGUGGCCCAUUCCUGAUAGGUGCUUCCUAAUGUUUGAACACAAAAUAUUGUUCUGAACAAGUUCACAGCCCCACCUGUGAGAAUAGUGACUCCUGGCUUUAAGAAUUUUGCUCCUGGAAACUACAUAUUUGCAGCAGUAUGAGAGGCAAGCAUUCCAGCUAGCUAGUUUACUCCCAAAGUCAGCCCCACACUUGGAGUGGGCUAAAUGAACCCUCCUUCCAUUUGGAAGGAGCCGUUUGCAAAUAUAGAAAAGUAAUUUCAUAGACUAUGUCAACUUGUUUAUUUGCUAUAAGUUUUAUGGGUUUGAAAUUCCUUCCGAUGUUUCUGGGAGCAAAGCUUUGUGCUUGGAUCAUGAAAGCAGAGGUCAGUGACAGCCAUGAAGCUUCAUCGGCAGACAAAGGCACCCCAUGGGCACCUGACUGCAACACCAGUUAUUUGGUAACUGCUGUUUGGCUGCUGUGUGAACGCUGACUAGGAGACAAGACUGGUAAGUCAUGAGAAAGGCACAGGGCCAGAUGUAUGUAGCCUUGGUCAAAUGGGCAGUGUCACUGGUGAGGCAAGAUGAUUCAAUGACCCACGGUGUUUUUACGAUCAUAGAAAACCCUGGGUGCACCCACACCUCCAGAGGUAAAACUACAGAGCUUUGAGAACUAUUGUCGAAGAAUUUGAGGAAAGAGCAGCUGAUCAUCUUCCAGAACCAUGUGCAGACUUCUCCCAAGAAGUGAGGAUGAUCUGUUUCAUCCCCAGGAACCUUGGGACCGGAGGAAUUAUGACAGCAUCUCGGGAUGCUGGUCUCCAGAAAAAUCCUAAAACAAGCAAAAUCAUCAAUACUUUAAAACACAGUGAUCUGCAAUGGGGAUGCUUUUUACAACUAUGGAAGAGCCAUUGCUGGCCCUCAGAGUGGGAGGCGAUCAGCUUACUGCAGAGAUCGUCAGUCACCCCUCGGCUGCCUAGAAGCAGACUACUUCACCCUCAGAGUUUUGACUUUGACUUUAAUAAAGGCGACGCUCUCCACUAUCCUGGGACCCCUCUCCUGCCGUACUGCUUGGGAAUGGUCACACCUGCUACCACAGGGGCUCAGUCUGAGCCAGGAUGGGAAGGGAGCGGGAGACCUUGUCUCCAGGAAGGAAGAGUUCGCACAUCUGUAGCUGUCCUGUGUGACAUGGUUUUGGUCAUUAUUUGACUAAGGGCUUUCACCUUGACCACGACGGAGAGAUUAGCAGAGGAUUUUUUUUUAUUUUUGAGUUUUGAAUCCUGUGAAAACAAUGCUUGAAAAAUAUUCUAACCCGUAACUACUGUACCUUUUUCUUUUAAUUUUUAUGACAGUUUAUACAUACAUGUAUAUAAUAUGUUGCUCAUAUUUACCCCUUAUUACCUUCCUUUAUUCCUCUCCCUCUCCUACGUACCCUUCCUUUCCCAAAUAAUCUCCGCUGUCCUGUCAUGUGUGUGUGACUGCUGAGUUAAGCAAGGCUGCUGGGAGCACGGGUGGGUGUGAUUUGCUGGAGCAUGGGUGACGUAUCAGUGGCCCCACCACUGAAGAAACCCAGUGACCACGAGCUGCCAAUAUAGCUCCCAAGGGGGGAGGGGGCCUCAUGAGCCCCUCCCCCAGUCGUGAUGAUGUGAACGCUGACAGGCCUGCACUGUCUUCUCCCUUCAGUCAGGAGCCCUUCGUGUGACAAGUUUGAGGAACAAGGCCAAAUCUGCUCGUGAUCGGUUCUCCUCUGUUCCCCCUUAGCAGCUACUGGUGAGUGGCCAUGGAGUUCUGUGAUAAACACUCACACUAGUUAUUUUAUUUCAUUGACACCACCCCAAAGGAUUCUGAACUCCACCAUGUUUCUAACACUACAUGGUGACUUCACUCUUAUCAUCUCAAUUUAAAUAAAAAUUCUUGGCCAUAUUCUCAAAAGAUCCUGAGCAAGAAAGUUCCCUGUUG